AUGACACCCUUCCGGUUGCAGACAGCUUUCAAAUUGCAUACUGUGACCAGCGACAGUCAAAUCCUGUGCUCUGGACACUGCAGUGCCACCAAAAUGGCCAAUACCAUGAGCAUCACCUUGUACAGGUUCCUGAGAGUGUUGAGCUGCCCACCCCCCAUCCCCUGGCAGCCCAUGGGCAGAAACCUUAUACCGCACUGCCAGAACAGAAGCAACCACGGGGCCGGUUUCUCCUGCCGCACAGGACUGGACCUCCAGCCACAGGAGGCUUACAUCCACCUCUUGAAGUGCCAGGCUCAGGGCAAUGCAGCUCCAAAGCUUCAACAUAAGGGCUCUAGGCAUGAAGUGCCACCCAUCAGGACCCCAUUCCGAGUCAACCCAAGCCACAAUAGCCCCUAUCAGUGCCAGCCAAGGCAAGGGCAGGGACAUCACUCUCACGAUUGGAUUCAGAACCGGAGUGGCAGCUACCACUUGAGAAACAAGACCCCGGUGCCUCUCAAGCCACUGCAGCCUGAAGAUACAGCCCUGGAAGAGUUGUCCUGAGCUGGGGGAGUCUUAGGGCAAGACUGGUGGGUGA